GAGCAAAGCUGGGGUGUGGAGUAGAGGACCCCAGGGUGGCUGAAGUCUCCAAGCUCGGCCUGGGAAGCGGAGGAGUUCGGGCGGUCGCGGGAGAAUGCACUAGCUUCCUUCGCCUGUUGCCGGCAGCGUCUGGGUUGGUGAUGAACUUUGUCGCUUCGAGUUGCUGGGCGCCGCAAUAGCAAGAAAUGGGAGGACAUGAGAGAUUGGGCUUCAAGCUACAGUAAUGCACUUCCUGGAGGAGGGUUUGCUCUAGAGUGAGACUGACAGACAUCUCAAGAUGGCCAAAGAAGAGCCCCCAAGUGUCUCCAGGGACUUACAGGAGCUGCAGAGGAAGCUGGGUCUGCUGUUGGAGUCUUUCCAGAAUAACUCAAAGGUGGUUGCCUUUAUGAAGUCCCCAGUGGGCCGCUUCCUGGACAGGCAUCCUUUCCUGGCUCUCACCGUGUUGAUGUUUGUUACCAUGUCAGCCAUCCCUGUUGGCUUCUUCCUGCUCAUCGUGGUGCUCACCUCACUGGGUGCUCUUAUGGGGGCCAUAUUACUGGAAGGCCUGGUCAUCUCUGUUUGUGGUCUCUCACUGCUCUGUGUCCUCUGUGGCCUCGGAUUCGUGUCGUUUGCCUUGUCGGGGAUAGCCAUGAUGUCCUAUGUGGUGGUCUCCUGCCUCAUGAGCUACUGGUUUUCUCCCAGACUUCCAGGCAGCCAUGAUUACAGAGCCUGUCAGACUGCCCAGUGCCUCCUCACGACUUUGCUUACAAAGAAUAAGAAGAGCAAAAGUAUCCUGUUUUUGUGACCAGCAGGCCACCAGCACAGCAAAAUGCCAACAGUGACGGUCAGCUGGCUAUGAAGUUCACAGAGUCUGAGAAGCUUGGCCUUUGAGGGGCAUGACAGGAAUGACAGGCCAAAUGGAACCAAAGAUUGCUUCCUGAGCAUCCAGAGGAGAGCUCUUCCCCUCACCUGUCAGUACUGUAGUGCAGAGAGACGGCUGGAUGGGAGCCCUGCUUCUCCACCCACUUGUCCAAACUCCUACAGUGGCCAGGGUGGCCUUCCCACCCCCCACAGCUCCCUGGUUUUGCAGUCUUGACCUUAGCAGAGUGGUGGGCUUCUAAAACUAGGAAGCUUGGCCUUUAGAGCCUCUGGUUGAGUCCCAGGGCCCAUCUGUGGGUAAGGUAGAUUGUAUUUGAAGUUUAGUUGCCAUUUGGGGAUGGGGCAGGGAUGAAGAGGAGGUGGUUUUCCCAGUCAUUUGAAAUAAGAGGUUAAAAAAAUAAUCCAAAGAGAGCCAGCUCUUACUCAUUUUUUUUUUUUUUUAUCAGAAGAGUAUCAGCAUUUGGAAAUCGUGGCCUUUUAAAAUUUGAAAAGCUGUCUUAAGCCUGUAGCCAGGAGUCCUUUAGGAAAAGUCUCAAGGCCUAAUCUAUUGCGUGCCUUGAUCUUUGACAUAUUUGCAUUUGAUAUGUUAAUAUUGUUUAAAGAGCUUGCUUCUGCCAAGCCAUUUCUUAACAAACCAAUAAAACCAAACACAUACUGAAGACUACAAAACAAACCAAAGCCUGUGCAAUGAUUUCCACUUCAUUUACUGUGGUAUUUUAUUAAAUAUUUAUUUGCUUUUUGCUAUGUUUU